AUGUCGUUCAAGUUCAAUUGGAACUUUUUCAAUGUGGAGGAAUUGAAAGAGCACAGCAAGGUGGCGAUAACAAAGUCCAUUGCCGAGUCGAAGCGGCCUGCGAUCAUGGCCGAUCCCCUGGAGGUCACCGACAUCGACUUCGGCACCAGCCCACCCAAGCUUGCGUUUGACUCCAUCAAGCAAGUCGAGGAGGGCCGGGCCCACAUUGUUUUCCGCAUCAAGUACGACGGAGACGCUACGAUCACUUUGAAAACGCGUCUGCACGCAAACCCGCUCCGGGAACUGUUUAUCAGCAAUCAAUGGCCGCUGUUUGUCCAGCCCACGCUGGUGGGGGCCACGAACCCAUUGGAGAUUCCGUUCGAGCUCAAACUAAAGUCAAUUCACCUGGAUGGGUACAUGGAUGUUGUCUACACUAAAAAGGGCCUCACGGUACUGUUCAGCGAUAACAUGGUAACCCACGUGGAGACAGAAUCAAGUCUGGAUGGGGUUCCUGGCGUCAACAAGAUGAUCACGACAAUGCUCACAAAAGUGCUUGCUGAGGCGUUCGAGGAAGACGUGCCUGAGAUGGUUUGGAAGGUGUCAAACCCAGACAAACAGUCCCCCGACCCUACACUCGGGCCAAGACGCUGGAGACAGCACCUGAUCCAGAAAACAAUGUUCCGUCAACUUGGCCUUGGAAGUGCACACAUCCCGGACAUUACUCCCUUUAAUACAUUGUCGUUGGAUGCAAACAUUCCCGGUGCCAUUUUGAACACGCGGCAACGGCCCAGUGUGCCGAAAACGCCAAAUGGCACGGAUGGUGACGGUAUCGACAUGGCCGAUCUCCUGGCCGACGACACGGCCUCAGAGUUUUCGUUCACAUCUACUACUUCUACAAGCGAAACCAAACGGCCGAGGAGACGCAGAAUCAGCCUGCGCAAAGUAUCUGAAAAGCUGGCUUCGGUAACUCCCGCUGGUUCACCAACAAGCACCUCGUCUGCCAGCUCCCCCAGCAAAGCAAAGCCGGAGCUCCAACCGCCCGACCCUUCGACUCCACCGCUAUCUCCUGAGCACGCCCUUUUAGAGGAACACGAUGACUAUGCGGGCUACUCGCCCCACGUUGUCCGGCUGGGCCCGCGACGACACUCAUCGCCAAGCCUGCGGUAUCAUCAUCGGAAACUGCGAACCACUUCCUUGCAACCGCUGUCCAAACCACAUUUCAGGCGACAAACCAAUCUUGAACCAGCAUUUGAAUAG